AUGAAGGCUCAGGCUGGGAAGAGCGCCGGCGACGGCGAGGUCGCGAGUUGCGUCUCGAAUCUCAUACAUGCAUUUACAGAUGGAUUGAAUGUGUUCAAGCGAUUGAGAGAACGGCGCAGGAAGAGGAGAAGCAAGCAUAAAGACAGGGAUUUGGGUGCGCCGUCGGGCGCGGAGCUGCAAUUGAGCACUUCGUUGAGGAAGGGACCUUUGGAGCUCAGCGAGAAGUACGCGAGCUGUUAUGGCGACAAAGGCGACAAGUUUGCGAAAGGCGACGCAAUUGCGCACGCAUCACUUGUGGAGACACUGAUCAAGUUCAAUACUGGCCUCGUGAGCAUCAUCGCAAGCUUUCUGCACCAAGACUCCAAGCACAAUGACCUGCACUUGGACUACAAGUCGCUGACCAGUCUCUCGGACAUCUCCAGGCGAGAGGCAGUUGACAGCUUGAACCAGCUGUAUCAGCGACUGAGCCAGUCGCAACUGCAAUUGCACGGAAGGCCAAUAUCGAGAACUGACUCGGAGAAGAAAAGGCGCAGCAGCUCAAGGCAGCGCUCGCAAGGUCCAACGGUGGCGCGCGUCUCCGUCAAGGCUUCCGGAAGCUCAAACCAAACACAACUGGCCAUGGUGCGACCGAGGAAUGCUCGGAAAGGGUCGAUGAGCAGUUCCAGCACAGGUUCGUCGAAAGCGCCAUCUAUGAGCGUGACUUCGCCGUAUACGUCACCUCCAAGGUCCCCGCUGCCCGAGUACUCUCCAAAUGAUCCGUUUCCGCCCCAGAAGGCUCCAGCAGUGAAGAGCAACGGCGCCACAUCCAAGAAGCCGAUGCUUUCAAUUGACACCGGCCGGCCGACAACAUGGCCGCAACCCAAACUCACCAAAGCCGCGCCCUUCACCAAUCCGCUGCCAACACCUCCGGAAUACUUUACAAUGCAAACCCUACCACCUCACCACUCUUUGCCAUUUUCGAAAGCGCAACAAAAUGUACCAAGACGUCGCACCGACAACCCUACGCCAUCGACGUACACGUUUGCUUCCGACAGCACCAAGCUGGGCGAGAUACCGCAGCGCAAUUGGACGGUGCCGUUUAACUACGAGGAAGCUGAGCGAUUGAACUCCGAAGCUGCUUUGAAGGGCCAUCCGAUUGUGAAGGCUUCAGCUGACCAGAAAACGAAGACGAGGAAGGGGUUGCGUAGCCUGUUCAAGAAGGGGCAAACUGCGUGA